AGGAGCAAGAUGGCGGUCCCCUGCGUUCGUGUGUGGCGGCAGCUGGUGGGGAGGAGCGGGGCGGCCCGGGGGCCGGACACCCGCAGCGGGCAGACCUGGAGCGGGGCGGCCCGGGGGCCGGACACCCGCAGCGGGCAGACCUGGAGCGGGGCGGCCCAGUGGCCGGACACCUGGAGCAGCAGCCGGUAUUAUUCCACAAGUCCUUUUCUCUGCCAGUGUACCGCAGCAAAACAAACAGAUUGUGCAGAAGAAGUUGUCAUUCCAAGAAAAAAAACUUGGGACAAGCUAGCAGUUCUUCAAGCUCUUGCAACUACAGUGAACAGAGACCCCACCGCCGUACAUUACAGGUUCCAAGAUGACCCCUACCUUAUACCCAGGACAUCACCUGAGUUUCGUCUCUACUCCCUGUCGCAGGAGUCUGGGUGUAAUGCAGCCAGGUACAUCGUUAACACUUAUCCCAAACUCUUCCAGAAGAAUUUUGCUGAACCUUCGAUACCUUGUUUGAUGCCACAACAGUUGGAACCCCUGAUAAAUGAAGUGACGGAGGAUGCCUUAAAAGAACGCAUUCAGCUCAGGCGAGUGAAGGAGUCUGUUGAUCUGUAUGACCAACUUGUGCAAGCAGGGACUCCCGUGUCUCUUGAAACCACAAAUGCUUUGCUGGAUCUCCUUUGUGUUUAUGGAGAUCAGGAGCCACCAAGGGAAAAUCAGCUUGAGCCAGGAACAACUGAAGAUCAGAACGAGGUGAAUGGCGACUCGCAGAAGAGACAGAGGGGCCGACUGCGCAAAGCUGCAGAUUUGCUCACUGUUACCUGGAGGGUGAACAAUAAUGCGGAGAGGAUAUUCAAUUUGAUGCCCGAAAGAAGUGAACAUUCUUUUUGUACAAUGAUUCGAGGAAUGGUUAAGUAUGGUGCUUAUACAAAGGCUAUCAACAUGUACACAGAUCUGUUAAACAAUCGAAUGAAAGCGGACGUUCAUGCUUUUAAUGCACUCAUCUCAGCAGUUCCAGAGCUAAAGGAAGCAUAUAAUGAGAAAAUGGACUUUAUUCUGGAGCUGCUGAAACAGAUGGCAGAACAAAAAGUGCAGCCAAACUUGUUAACUUUUAAUUCUGCAUUGAAGAGCCUUCGAAGGUGCGGUUCAAUUGCCAAAGGCCUUUCCCUGCAGCUGAUGAAUGAAAUGAAGUUCUUGAAUAUCGAACCAAGUUUGGCCACCUUUGAUCAUUUACUUGGUAUAUUCUAUAAAUCUGCUGCAACGAGCCAGCUACAAAAUGACUUUAUCUGCAGCCUGCUGGAUGAAAUGGAAGGGAAGCAUUUUGAGCCCAAGGAUCCUGAUGAUGUUAACUUCUUCACCAGUGCUAUGAGAGUGUGCUUGGAUUUGAAAGACCUCGAACUGGCAUACAAAAUUCACAAAGUUCUUGAAACUGGAAACAACUGGAAAUUAUUGGGUGAUUCUUAUCAACAAAGUAUUUAUUAUGGGCGGUUCUUUAACAUCAUGUGUAUGAUGGAGAGCAUCGAUGUGGUUCUCAAGUGGUACAAGGACCUCAUUCCUUCGCUGUACUAUCCCAACGUGCAAGGUGUGAAGGAUCUGCUGCAGGCUUUGGACACAGAGAACCGGUUGCAGCUGAUUCCGCACAUCUGGAAAGACAUUAAGCAGCUUGGUCACAGUAACAAGCAGGAUCUCGUGGAGGAAGUGUUGGAACUGAUGGGUCGGGACAAACACAGUACAGAGUUGCAAGCUGGCUUUGCUGGCACAGCACUGGAUAUCAAGGCUAUCUACAAGCAGGACCAGAACCGCAAUUUACAGUGGACGGCUACAUCUUUGGGAAAUGUGACUGCCCUGAUUCUGAGAGGAGGUCGAACUCAAGAUGCUUGGGAGAUGCUGCCACUUUUUAAAGCAAACAACAGAAUCCCCAGCAAAGGUCUACUGGAUGAGUUCCUGGACCAUGCUAAGGAAAGUGGCAACAAGGCUCUGGCUCUGGACUUGGUGAAACUGGCUGGUACUUUCAGCCUGCCUGCAACAUCAGAGUUCUUGGACAGGGUGACCAACGAAUUUGAGCUUACUGAUGAAGAAAGGAGGUCCCUGGAAGAGCUGGAUGGUAGUAGUAGCAGCAGUAGCGAUAGUGACCAUGAGUAACUUGAUCGUCCUGGAUCCAUCAAAUGAUGUCUAUUCAAAUACAGAAUGGUUAGUUAACUGAGGAUUGACCUUUGUAUUUAUUUGCUGUAUAUGCUGCAGAACUGACUUUGGAAUAUGAAUAUGUACAGAUGUGGCUGCAAUAAAAUAAAUAAAACUGAAAAGC